AAAAAAAACUCAUUGAAAACAUAUAAAAAUGUUAUGCAAUUAAUUGAUGACAAUAUAGUUUUUAUUAUUUCCUCAAUAUAUCGUCCAAUCAAUUCAUCAUUUAUUUAGUCUAACACUAAAAGCUUUUAGUAACUGUUAAACCAAACACAACGAAGAUUUGAAGACAAUGUCGACGACUAUAACGACAAUCGAUGAGUCUAUUGAAGCGAACGGAACUGUUUCGACAUCGAUUAGAUUAACCACAAAAUUAUACAAAAAGCGAUACUAUAUCUUACUAUUGUUUAUAUUUCUUUCGAUGUCUAAUGCAUUUCAAUGGAUUGAAUACUCUAUUAUUGAAAAUAUAGUCAUUAAAUACUACUCGACGACAACAUUUGGGGUCAAUUGCACGUCCGUUGUAUAUAUGGCCGCCUAUAUAAUCGGUAUUAUUCCGGCCACAUAUCUAUUGGAUAAAAAGGGUAUUAGAUUUUGUGUACUGUUGGGUGCUUUUAGCAAUUGUUUGGGCGCAUGGAUUAAGUGUGUGAGUGUAAAUCCCGAUAGAUUUUGGGUUACAAUGAUUGGCCAGACAAUAGUGGCCAUCGCACAGCUCUUUGUUUUGAAUAUUCCUCCACUAUUGGCUGCCACCUGGUUCUCGGAAAAAGAAGUGUCUCGGGCCACAGCUUACGGAGUCUUUGGCAAUCAAGUGGGUAUAGCUCUGGGAUUUUUUCUACCAUCACUAGUGGUACCAAACUUUAGCAGUGAUAGCGUCACUUCAACUACUCAAUCGGCAGUUAUGGUGACUGAUAUAUCAAAUACAACAUUUGUUGGCAUUGAAGAAGUCGGGACUGGUUUGAGGACAUUAUUUUUUGGUGUGGCCACUGUUACGACAAUAUUAUUUAUAUUAAUUAUAUUAUUCUUCAAAAAUAAUCCGGAUUUGCCGCCGAGCACAGCACAGGCCAAUGCAUUGGUAGCCAAUGAAAACGCAUCAUUUGUGGCGUCACUUAAAGCGUUGGCUACAAAUCCGUACUUUAUUUUACUAUUUUUCACUUACGGCUUAAACACGGGUGUGUUUUACGCCGUGUCCACUGUAUUAAAUCAGAUGGUGACCGGAGCUUUCGGUGAAGAUUAUGUUACAAAAGCCGGUUAUAUGGGGUUUACUCUGACUUUGGCUGGAAUUCUAGGUUCAGUAGUUUGUGGUUAUCUCUUAGAUUUAACUAAACGUUUCAAAGAAGUAACACUUGGAGUCUACAUAUCAUCGUUGAUCGGAAUGAUUGCCUUUACUAUUGCCUUAAAAAUCAAAUUUGUUUGGUUUAUGUUUUUUGUCUCUGGAGUUCUCGGUUUUUUUAUGACCGGAUAUUUACCGAUUGGAUUUGAAUUGGCGGCAGAGAUCAGUUACCCGCAACCCGAAGGAACUUCUGCUGGAUUACUGAAUGCUUCGGCACAGAUAUUUGGUAUAAUUUUCACAUUUGGUGGUUCAGCUGUUAUUGAAGCCUUCGGUAAUUUAUCGACAAACAUAGCUUAUGUCGGCGCUCUUGUGUUGGGCGCACUAUUGACUGCUCUCAUCAAAGCUGAUCUCAAGAGACAAAAAGCACAAAAUAUUGAAAAUUCAAACGAAUCAAAACUGUUGAAUAAGAUAUGA